CCAAUAACUUGCCAGCACGGGGAAUGCGUUUAUUGGCUCUACUACCUACUACCUGUACAUACUUGUACUAUGUAUGUACCCGAAGGGUUCCGAUAGUCACGAGUUCUUUCGGUCGAAGAAAGAUUUUCGAUUCCAUCAUAAUUUUGGGUGAUAUCGUUGCUACGACGCAGGAAGAUCCAAUCAAACCCGAAGCAGCCGGGAACAACUUGUCGGACUACCAGAAGACGAUGGUCAAGUGAUUCCUAUCGACGGACCAUGCAAUCCGAGGACUACUUCAUCAACAGAAGCUCUGGUGGGGAAAUCGGUGGAUAUUGGGAGCCGCACUCGAGUUCGAUCGAUUUCUGCGAAGCGAAUUAUCUUCUCUCGCACCUUGUCGUCGAACCGCACAACGCACUGAGCAGUCUCUGGGGGCUGAGCCUCUUUGGACUCGUCGGAAUCUAUUGGGGAAAUCCAACGGGGGAGCUGCGAUUCCAUGUUGCGUAUGGGAUAUUGGUCCUGAUCGGGGUGGGAUCGGCCGCCCUUCACGGGACGCUGCACUGGGUGUUCCAAUCAUCCGACGAGCUUCCCAUGAUUUAUUUGGUGAUAGCCGGCUUGUACUGCUGCCUCGAAAACGAUGCGACAACACCAAAGUAUCCGUGGCUCCCACACAUUUUUGUGGCUCUUGGUGUCGCAAACACGCUCGUCUACUUUCGGUUUCAAAAGAUCUACAUCGUGUUUCUGCUUACCUUCGCAUCGAUGACGCUCGCCGUUUUCGUUGUCCAUGUCAAAAUUGCUCUGAAACAACGAAAGAUAAUGCUCGCACCAACGGAUCCRACACGGGGCACCAAGAUCGAAACCAUCCGAAACAACGCGCGGAUAGCGUUGCAAUUUUAUAGAUGGCACUACUUGGUUUUUGUCGGAAUAGCAACUCCCGUUUGGAUCCUCGACCAGUUGUGGUGCGAAACACUGAAGCCCUUUUACGACUCCCUUCCUUCCAUAUUGCGAGGCUGUACCUUUCACGUGGUCUGGCACGCUACGGCAGGUUUUGGCGCCCACACAAUCUUCCAGUUUCUCAUUGCGUGCCGCAUGGGAGUCUUCGAAUCGCUCUGUCGGAUUCAAUGGAUUCUUGGUGUCGUUCCGGUGGUAGCACCGGUCAAGCGUCUGAAAGAAAACGAUAAGGAAUGCUAGCAAUUUUCAAYGGCAGUUUUGAACUGAAUUGGUGCAUGCAACAAGGAACGCAUCGAUGGAGAAUGCAAAUUCUAUACGAUCGACCGUGGAUUGAAUCAAUUCACAAACUGCUA